AUGCCCCAACUCUCUCCAUCUAGGUACCAAGGAGGAGGUUCCAGAGCAAAUGCCCAGGCAUUAGGUGGGCAGAAGCCUUGGACGAACAAGACAGGAUCGACUGGACUGCAGCACCAGAAGAAUGGAGGAACUCAAAACACCAAGACCAGUGGCAACCAGAAGGCAACCGGCAGAGUCUUUGCCUUGCAAGAGGAAGAAGCAGACCCGUCUAUUAUUGAGGGUAAUUUAGUAUUUUAUAAUUCUUGGGUGCAUGUUUUAUUUGAUAUUGGUGCAUCACAUUCCUUUAUAUCCUCUGCUUGCGCUCAGUCAUUAGGACUUGUAUGUGAACCCUUAGAAACUGCCUUAAAUGUGAUGUCACCUAUGGGAGGACGCAUUCGGAUAGGAUUGAUCUGUAAGGACUGUAAGAUAGGAAUGUCAAACCUACACUUAACGUGCGACCUUCGUGUCAUGAAAAUGUCAGACUUCGAUAUUAUUUUGGGCAUGGACUGGUUGUCUGCCCACCGAGCAGUGAUCAACUGUCAUCAGAGGAAAGUGGUAGCUCACACACUAGAUGGAACUCGUUUCCAGUUUAAGGGGGAUAGACAAGACCCCAUUGCUUCAACAAAACAUAGGACGCAGUGGUGCAACCAAAUUGCGGGUAGGAUAGCAAGUCUGAUUUUGAAUGAGGAAGGCCAAGGAGAAUUAGAACUUCCGCGCAUAGUAUGUGAAUAUGCAGAUGUAUUUCCUACAGAGUUAACAGGAUUGCCACCAACCCAGGAAGUAGAUUUGAGUAUCGAGCUACAACCUGGAACCACCCCAAUAUCCAUGGCCCCGUAUCCCAAUGUAGUAGCAGAUGCUCUCAGUCGUAAGAGCAGAGGAAUGAUGGCUAGGAUCUCCAUCAAAGAGUGGGAUAUGGUUAAGACACUCAAUGAGUUUAGGAUCCAAAUAGAAUCUCAAGAUGCAAACGCAUAUCUUAGUGCACAGAAGGUGAUGCCUAAGUUGAUGAAUGAGAUCAUGGAGGCCCAGAAGCACGAUUAA